CCGGUGCGGCGCGCGUACACCGUGAAUUUACAACGACGGCCGUCCGCCUAUUAUGGGCAACGCCGUACGCGACAACGGUCGGUGGUCGCGUUUCGUCGUGGUCAGCAGCAGCAGGACUACGUGCAGUUGUGCCGCCGUGGACGCGCCGCCGCCGCCGCCACGGUCACAAGUCCUCGUGCUAGUCGUCGUCGUCGUCGUCCUGCUGUGCGUCGACUUUGUCACGUGCACCUCAGCCGCCGCGGCCGACGGACAAAGUUUCCCGGAACCGCCGGCGCGCCGGCCGGACCUGGCCGAAUUGCGGCACAACAUCAUCAAAGGACUAAAACUGGACAAACUGCCCGACAUGACCAAGGUGGAAAUCGGCAACGACGAAUUCCACUGCAAGUAUUUGGAAUAUUUCCGCCGGUUGUACAUGGACGAAGACGAGUAUUCGCCGGCAGCAGGUUAUGAUAAUGACGUAUCGGCAAUACAAGUGCAGGGCCAGGUGAAACGCGAACCGGCCGCGGGAUCAGGAAACGACGGCCGAGCCUGGACGACGGAAUACGUCACUUUUCCGGUGCAUUGGAAGUUGCGGCACACCGAAGACUCGGCCAUCAUCAGGGCGGUGGUGCGGCUGUACGGCAAACGGGUGCAGCCGCACGGUGCGGCGCCCGUGCGGGUGCAUGCGUACGGCCGUUUGUACACGACGGCCGCCGGCAGUCUGGCCGUCACCGAAUCGGUGGCGGAUAUCGCGUGGCCCGCCAGAGGCCGAGACGACGGCCGCUGGCUGGACGUGGACGUGACCGAGAUGUUGCGCAGGCCCAGAGACCGGCGCAACGGCACGCUCGAGCUGUCGGUGCGGGCGUCCGACGCGUCCGUCGGUUUCGGCCACCGGACGCCCGUGUUGCACGUGUUCCUUAACGGCGUCGACGUGGACGACGUGGUCGACGGCACGGCAGCGGUGGCGUGCGCCGGCGGCGACGUCAGGAAGCGGAGAAGACGGGACAGCGGCGGUGUCAAGCGGCCGCUACAGACGACUUUCCCGACGGACGGCGGCGGGGCGGGCCGCCGGCGCCGGACCGACUGCAAACCGGCGGCCCCGCCGGUGGACGACAAGACGGCGGCGGCGACAGCGUCCAAUCGGAGUAACGCCACCGUGACGGAACACAACAACAAGUGUUGUCGCGAAGAGAUGCGAGUGGUGUUCGCCGACAUACCCGGAUUCGACUUUAUCAUCGAGCCCAAAUGGUUCGACGCGGGCCUGUGCCGCGGCCGGUGUCCGGCCAAGUACAAUCCGGCCACGAGGCACGCGUUCAUCCAGAGCCUGCUGUGGAAGCAGCACGCGCCCAGACGGCAACAGCAGGAAACGGAACAGGCCCAGCGGUACGGGCGGCACAGGAUGCGGCACGGCGGCAAACGGGAUGGCGGCGAUUCGGCGGCCGCGCAACCGCCGCCGCCGCCCAAGCCGUGUUGCGCGCCCAGCAAGCUCGACCGGUUGCAGAUCGUGCACAUCGACGAGCUGAACCCGACCAACUUGAAAGUGACCACCUGGAAAGAAAUGGCUGUCGUCGAAUGCGCUUGCUCGUAGCACCGCGGAAAAGCUCGAAGCAGAGCCGAAAACCCCGACGGGUUCGACCCGUUUUGCGAAGCUACUAAAUGCACCCCGCGCGGCCUUGCGCGGCACAUACGCGGAGUAUACGCGCCCGAACACGGCGCACGGCCGUCGGCGGUCUUCGACGCGACCGGCCGUGGCGGCGUUGAUGAUACUAUAUGAGACCGAUUCCGGUGCACACACUUUUCCUAUUGCGAUCUGCGAUCUACGUCCGUGGUCGGUUUGUGGCACGAUGACGACGACGACGAUACCACGCAAAAAAAAAACUGUGGACGAAAAUUCCAAAGCUUGACCACACGCGCUUUUGUUGUUAUUCCUUAGGGCUUUUUUUUUUUGUUGUUUUUUUAUCUUAACGUUUUCCGAGCCAAUACAUUGUGUUCACGUCCUCGGCGUCCAAAUUAUAUUUAAUUUUUGUAUCAUUUUAUAAUUUAUUUAUUUUUCUUUCUCCUCUUCCUUCUCAUUCUGGCUUCUCUUCGUCUUCUUUCUCGAUCAUCCAUCUGUCGAAUAAUCGAUUAAAAACCAGACAAAAAUCAUCGAUAAUUUGUUCAAAAAUCGAUUUUUAUAUUUUAAAUAUUGUAUUAUUAUCACUAUUUAUUAAUUUUUCUCUCAAUUAGAGUUACAAAAAUGUUUUUAUUUUUUGAUUUUUGUAUUGCAUAUUUUAUUUUUGCCGUUUUCGUUUUUAUCAAUGGACAAGA